AUAUGCUAUUACUUUAAAAAUAAAAAUAUUUUAUUUUUAUUUUCUAAAUAGGAUUUUGCGUCAAAUAUGAAGAAGAUGAGUAUUUUGAUUAUUUAAUAUCGAAAUAUGGAUCAGAAAGUGGACAUAAAAUUGGAGAAGAAGGUUUUGAACAACUUUUACACGAUUUAAAUAUUGGCAAUAAUGAGGAACACAGUGAUGAAGAGGAUCAUCAUAUGCACGACCACCACAACGACCACCACAACGAUCACACGCACAGACACCACAAGAGAUCCAUUCCCAAUCAUUUACACAAUGAAACAAAUGAAUCCAAAUAUCAUUGUCUUGACCACGACUUCUAUUUAAGAAGUUUUUCAAACGACGGCUAUUUUACAAUAAAUGAAGUGAAAAACUUGUGUCCAGUUUUGCUGCAACAGAUAGUAAGCCGGGUCUGUGUUGACAAUGACCACCAUCACGAUCACCAAACUCACAGUCAUGAGCCGUCCUCACAAAAAACCAAAUCGACGUCUAAGCUUACAAACGUUGAACUUUAUGGCUAUUCUUCAUUGGCUGUACUUAUAAUCAGUUUGACAGCUAUUAUCGGAAUUUUUAUUUUACCGAUUCUGUCAAAGCAUUCCUACAAUUAUGUAAUGGUUUGCUUUAUUGGUCUAUCAUUUGGCACUCUGGCCGGGGAUGCACUCCUCCAUCUCAUACCUCAUGCAUUGGGUAUUCAUUCACACGAAGAAUCUUCUAAUCAUAGCAGUGGUGAACAUACGGACAGUCAUAGUGAUCACACACACGAAAAAUCGGGAAUUCCUGACUUUUUGUGGUAUCAGUUGUGUGUUUUGGGUGCAAUCUAUGGCUUGUUUUUGUUUGAACUUAUCAUCAAUGCUAUUUAUUCUGAUGAUAAGACUGACGGACACCACGGACACAGUCACUCUCAGAAGCCUGACUUUAAUCUGAAUAAUACUUCCAGUUUAGCGCCCGUACCCACAAAGGACUCACAAAUUCAUUUGACCUCAUACUGUGAUUCGAGCACAACUUUGGACACCAAUUCUGUGGGAACCGUUAAAUCAACAGAAAAUCUCACAUUGAAUAAGCCUAAAGAGAAUGCAGUCAUUCUUGAGGGAAAUACAGUGGUGUGGGGUCUGACACCACUGGCAAUGAUGAUCACAUUAGGCGAUGCCAUUCAUAAUUUCGGAGAUGGACUGGCCAUUGGAGUGGCAUUUACUAGUGGUUACGCGGGUGGAAUAUCCACUUCUUUGGCUGUUUUAUGUCAUGAAAUUCCUCACGAACUCGGUGACUUUGCAGUCCUUCUAUCGACGGGACUGUCAGUGAAAAAGGCGGCGCUUAUUAACUUCAUCUCCGCUCUGACGGCAUUCAUUGGCCUCUAUAUCGGCAUUAUAUUAGGUGCUGACCAACGGUCACAGAAGUGGAUACUUGCCAUUUGCGCCGGCAUUUUCUUAUAUGUAGCCCUCACUGAUAUGUUACCAGAAUUGAAGCAAAAAACCAAAUCAAAUCAUCCGAUUCUGUUGAUUGUAUUGAAGAAUUUGGGCGUUUUAUUGGGCAUCGGCUUAAUGGCUGUUAUAUCCAUCUAUGAGGAUAUGUUUCAUUUUGAAUGAUUGCAUCCAUG